AUGUUGGCAAUCUAUGAAUUGACAGGACUGGUUAAUCCCACUGUUAUGGUGAAAACAGGAACCCGCUAUUCAGGAGAGGACAUCCCAAAUAGGUCAACACAGGGAGAAGAUCAACAGCACUGGUCAGGGAUACCAGAGAAGCAGCAUAACCGGUUAACAUUCCAUGGUCAAAUUCAGAAGGAAGAACAAGGAAACGCUAGUGCCAGUAUUACUUCAGAUGAGCAGUCUUGUGGUUUAGCAGGAAACAUCAAUGAGCGGACGGUAUCAAAAGCAUCAACCACCUUAUUAGCCUCCAGCAAAAACAUUAACGUGUCAGCAUAUGAGUCCCAUGAGGAUGGAGGAUCAGAUGACUGGACUCAUAUGUCAAAUAUUUUGAAAUCGCAUGAAACCUCCAGCAGUCGUUUUACAGCCCAGCAGAUGUGGAUUGAAACACAACUGAGAAUGAAAACAAUACAUGCAGUUGAUCAAGACUUCCAAAACCUCAUGAGUCGUGAAAGACAACACUGGAGAUCAGUGAUGGAGAGGCUGUUAAACGUUGUCCAGUUUUUAGAAGAGCGAUCUGUAAAGCGAUGGAAAAAUUUGACUGACCAUGGAUCUGGCCUCACUUUAAAGCCUUUGUGCAUGACUCGGUUGGAAUGCCGAGAACGCAGCUUUUCCAAGCUAAAGCUCAUUAAAACAUAUCCAAGAUCAUCGAUGACUGAAGACAGACUAACAUCUUUAUUAUCAGUAUUAUCCAUUGAAAGCGAUGUAUUGGAUAUGAACAACAUGAUUGAUGAGUUCACAAAAGCACGAUGCGUUUCACUCCCUUUCCAGUUGAUGGGCGACUCCUACUUAGGCGGUGGGAAGAUGGCGGACACGGAUCGGGUAGAUUUAAAUCCCACCGGCACUGUGUUCGUUAUCCCUAAAGAAAAUGGUGAACCCGUUCCGAAAAGGCAACGUCUGGAUGCCAGCAAUGACGGGCAGCCAUUUACCGCCGAAAAUGACUCGAAAGAACCCUUGCCUUCAGCGGCUACCCUGCAAGAAGAAGGAGAGGCCUCUGCAGGAUUGUCGGCUAAACCUAGAGCGCACAAUAGCUCCGGGCUUCAAGGCCUUCCUGUGGACAAGAGGCAGAUGGUGAUGCUUAUGGUACAAGGGGAGGAGGAGGAAGGAGCGGAGGAGCUGGCGAAUGGAGACCUAACAGAUCAAGCUAUUGAUUAUGGAGGAAACCUACAUCUGGAUGAUGAUGAUCUUGCUAGUGGGUUCCAUUCUUGUGACAGCGAUGAAGAGGACGGAGCUUCCCAUGCUAGCUCAAGUGAUUGGACUCCGAAGCCUUGCAUAGGUCCAUACACGUUUGUUCAACGACAACUUAUGAUGGGAACUGAUCCAAGGACAAUUCUAAAGGAUCUUCUUCCAGAAUCUGUUGCACCACCAGACUUGGAUGAUAUGACUUUGUGGCAAAUUGUUAUAAACAUACUGUCAGACCCACCUAAAAGAAAAAAGCGCAAAGACAUCAAUACAAUUGAAGAUGCUGUUCGACUUCUACAAGAAAGCAAGAAGAUAAUGGUUUUAACUGGAGCUGGAGUUUCAGUUUCCUGUGGAAUACCAGACUUUAGAUCGAGGGAUGGCAUUUAUGCGCGUCUUGCUGUGGAUUUUCCAGAUCUUCCAAAUCCUCAAGCCAUGUUUGAUAUUGAAUAUUUCAGAAAAGAUCCAAGACCUUUUUUUAAAUUUGCAAAGGAAAUCUUUCCAGGCCAGUUUCAACCAUCUCUGUGCCACAAAUUUAUUGCCAUGUUGGAUAAGGAGGGGAAACUCCUCCGAAACUAUACCCAGAACAUUGAUACUCUGGAACAGGUUGCUGGAAUCCAAAAAAUUAUACAGUGUCAUGGUUCUUUUGCCAUGGCAUCUUGUCUAAUUUGCAAAUACAAAGUUGACUGUGAAGCUGUCAGAGAGGACAUAUUUAAUCAGAUCGUUCCAAGAUGCCCAAGGUGUUCAUCAGGUGAACCACUUGCAAUUAUGAAACCCGAUAUUGUGUUCUUUGGCGAGAAUUUACCAGAGCUGUUCCAUCGAGCCAUGAAGUAUGAUAAAAAUGAGGUUGAUCUUCUUAUUGUAAUCGGGUCUUCCUUGAAAGUUAGACCAGUAGCGUUAAUACCAAGCUCAAUCCCGCAUGAAGUGCCUCAGAUAUUAAUCAACAGGGAACCAUUGCCACAUCUGAAUUUUGACAUAGAAUUGCUUGGAGACUGUGAUGUUGUUAUAAAUGAAUUAUGUCAGAGACUGGAUGGAAAAUACAAAGAACUUUGUAUUAGCUCCUUAAAACUUUCACAGAUCACAGAAAAACCUCAGCGACCCCAGAAGACUCUUUGCGUUCUGCCAGACACCGCUCCGGCUACUCCCAUAAAUGCCAAUCAAGAUUCUGGAGAAUCUGUUCUGCCGGAAUCCUCGCUGUCUGCGCCCAACGAUGGCUGCGCAUUGGGAACAUCUGAGGUAGUUCCAGUCCUUUCACAAGGCAGCAUUAAUGUAAAUGGCAAUUCUCCUAAAGCAGAAAGUACAGAAAACGAAGGCGCUUUUGUACAACUUGGACUCUCUGAAUCUGAGCGAGAGACACAGUCUAGCAAAGAUGCGGAACAAGAAACUUCAGAAAAGGACAGUGGAAUUGAUCCAUCCAGGAAGUCAUUUGCAAAUAAAUUGCCAAAAGAGCAAAUAAGCAAGCGCCUUGAUGGUACACAAUAUUUAUUUUUAGCACCGAAUCGCUAUAUUUUCCAUGGUGCCGAGGUGUUUUCCGACUCUGACGACGACAUGACAUCCAGUUCGUACGGCACUAAUAGUGACAGUGAAUCUUUACACAGCCUAGGUUUACAGGAGCCUGUUGGAGAAGAAAGUGAGAGUGACGAGUUCUAUGUUAAAUAUGAUAAUGACUCGGACGCAGAAAAUAGGGUAGGAUUUGAAGAAGAAGCCGAGACCGUUUCGAUUUAUAACUGUGAUGGAGAUUUAGCUAAUGGAGGUUCAUCUCCGAAGGUAUAGUACAUACCGUCCUAACUUGCAGAGUGCUACAUAGCCGAGGUGCAUUAUUUGCACAACCUGUUUGGCACUUUGGGUUAAAAUCCUGUAAACACCAGCAUUGAGAUUUUAAAACCUGGACAUUAAAGCAUGUACAUCUGUGAACCUGGUCAAGCAUGCAUUAAAGAGAUGUUAUUUAAUAAAUACAUUUCAAACGUCCCAACGUAGAAUUGUUAUACAAGGAUUUCUUUUUAUUUUUUAGGGAAGUUUUUUUUAUUGACACUGAAACAUUCUGUAAAUUCAUGUAUCUUGCAGCUUGGUCUUGCUAUGACUUUUUUUCCUUCUCUUUACCAAAUGUAUUGUUAAAUUUCCGAUUAUACAGUGUUGUGGUUAAUUUAUGCACAGUUAUGUUUAUCAAUAAAAAAAAUUCUUGUAUAAGGUAUUUAAAUGAGGUUUAUCUUGAAGAAACAGCUAUUCUAGGCCAAAGACACUAAUGUCGUUUUAAGUAACACAACAUUAUCACACUGUGAUAAGGAUACAUUAAGUUUUCUCUUUCUAAACUUUUUUUCUUUUUCUACACAUACCUUCACGUUUGUUCAUGGUUGAUAACUUUUUUUAUUCUUUGUAAGCUGUUUAAUAUAAAUAUUAAAAUUGAUCUAAUGUAAAUGUUUUUGACUUUCUGCGUUUUUGAUAGUCCUAUGUAUGUUCCCUAACAAUUACAUUUAAAGUGUAAAACAUACAAUAAUAUAAAUGUUUACCUUGUGUCAGUGUGAUCCAGCCUUGGUCGAUAUUAAACUGAACUGUCAAGUUUCAUUGUUGAGAAAA